AUAAUACUUGGGUUACCCCAUAUAUAGGCACUAGUUGAGCUCCUUGUCUAAUAGAUUAACUAUCUGCGGUUAUUGCCGAGAGCUAUAAACCUUAAUCGAACAGCGUCAUGGACCUAGACUCCUGAUAGAGAAGCUCUGAUUUACAACUUCGGAGCCAGCCAGUCGCAUGGUCGCCUCGAUAAGGCCCAGUGCUGGGAUCACUUGGCUUUGGCUAUAAAAGUCGAGGUCUCGAACGGAUUUGGUGUUAGUGAUCACAGUGAGAAUGAAUCGUUUGCUAUUGAGUGUGGUGGCGCUGGUCGCCCUGGCUGCUUCCUGCCAUGGAAAUCCGGGACUGGACUUCCCCUUCGGUCGGAUUGUGAACGGCGAGGACGUGGAUAUCGAAAACUACCCCUACCAGGUGUCCGUCCAGACGACCAAGGGCUCCCACUUCUGUGGCGGAAGUCUGAUCGAUUCGGAGACCGUCCUGACCGCCGCCCAUUGCAUGCAAUCCUACGCCGCCAGCGAGCUGCAGGUGCGAGUGGGUUCCACUUCCAGGAGCUCCGGUGGUGAGGUGGUCACCGUCCGCGCCUUCAAGUACCACGAGGGCUACAACAGCAAGUUGAUGAUCAACGAUGUGGCCAUCAUCAAGCUGAGCUCUCCCGUUCGCCAGACCUCUAAGAUCCGGGCCAUCGAACUGGCCGACUCCGAGGCCGUUUCCGGAACCAAUGCCGUGGUCUCCGGCUGGGGCACCACCUGCUUCCUUUUCUGCUCCUCCCCCGACACCCUUCAGAAGGUGGAGGUUGAUCUGCUGCACUACAAGGACUGUGCCGCCGACACGUACAACUACGGCAGCGACUCGAUUCUGGAGACCAUGGUCUGUGCCACCGGCGAGAAGAAGGACGCCUGCCAGGGUGACUCCGGUGGUCCUUUGGUCGCGGACAACAAGCUUGUGGGCGUGGUUUCCUGGGGCAGCGGAUGUGCCUGGACCGGCUACCCCGGCGUCUAUGCCGAUGUCGCCAGCCUGAGGAGCUGGAUCGUUGACACCACUGACUCGUUGUAAAUGGAAAUAAUAUAAUAUAAUGCAAGAGUAUUUCAAGACAUUUGUGUAUAAGCAUACAUUGCGUUGAUGCUUUAAUUUCCUAGCUGCUUAAAUGGGUACUGGGUACACCACAAGUCCUGGUAAACAAUACUUUAUUUUAAAUAGAAUCAAUCGAUUUCUUAAAACC